AUGGAGCUUCGCAAGCCAGAUCUUUCUGGAAGAACCUGGCUGUUUCUGAGUAAGAGCUGUGCUAGACUCUUCUGGAAACAUAAUGCCCAGGCUCGCCUGAUGGUUAAGCCGAAAGAACUUAAGUGCUACACUUGGACAGUUUCUGAAAGAGUGAAGAAGUUGCCCAGAGCCCUGUCGCCGCGGCCGGCGCUGGGCGCGGCGCAGAGGAUAGUCGCCCCCCAGCUCAUCGUCAGGCCGCCUCAGCAGACCACCAUCCAGUUGCCUCCGGGCUUUACUAUCCCGCCUGGUAUGGUCUUGGUGCGCACGGACGCUGGACAGCUCGUCAUGGUGCCUCAGCAGGCUCUAGCACAGGCUCAAAUGCAGGCUCAAGUACAAACGCAAGGACAGGGUCCCACCAGCAUUUCACCUAGGCUUUCAGUGCCCACAAGUGGCCCAGUGUUUCGCCUAUCAACAGCUCAGCAGCCAACGUCUGUAGCCACAUCUACUGUCCGCCUAGGACUUCCAGUGCAAGCCAAAGUUGUUCAAUCAACUGCUACACCAGUUAGUGCUACUUCUGCUGCGACUCUUCCAGGUGGCUCUAUUCUUUCCCAUACCACGGUAUCAGUAGCUGCAACAAGCGCUCAGAGUUUAUUCAAGACAACUGUAGCAACGGGAACAUCAGCUUCUCAACAACCCACAGUAAUUACUGGUGGACAAACUCAAGCUUCAGCGCAGGCCCAGGGUCAGCCUCGGCUACCGCUUCCACCUCAUACAACAGCACAAGUACCAGCGCAGCCCCAGGUCAUACCAAGCUCUCCUGUACCCGGAACUACAGUAGUAUCACAGGAAAUGCAAGAGAAUGUGAAAAAAUGCAAAAACUUUUUAGCUACCCUUAUAAAACUUGCUUCUCAUAAUUCACCUUCUCCAGAAACAUCCCGUAAUGUGAAAGCUCUGGUUCAGGAUUUGUUGGAUGCAAAGAUUGAUCCAGAAGAAUUUACAGGCCGCCUUCAGUCAGAGCUCAAAUCAUCUCCUCAGCCAUAUCUUGUUCCUUUCCUUAAGAAAAGUCUACCUGCAUUGAGACAAUCUUUACUGAAUAGUCAACAUUCAGUUUUGCAAGGACAGCCGUCUCAGCAGUCACUUCAACAAACCAAGCUAUCACAAGUUAUACCUCAAUCUGCCUCUGGAAGUAUUUCCACUGUUGUCACAACGCAGACAAUAGGAAUAAGGCAACCAAACAACAUUUGCACGGUCUCUGUAUCAAAUACGGUGCAGCCUCCUCAGGUUAAGGUGGUACAGUCAAAUCAGAGUUCUCAGCUGCAGAUUAUCCAGUCAACAUCUGCUCAAACUGUGAAACGAAACCCUGCUUGCCAGACUACCCAGAUUAGGAUGCCAGUGGUAAUAACUCAGACCAUUAGACCACAAGGCACAGUAGGGAAGGCACCAACAAUACAAGCCAGCAAAAGUCCUGGGGGCUUUGGUGUUCAGGUCUCUGCAAAUCAGAAAAACAAGCUGAAUGACCCUGGAGAGAAGAGAGGAUCUCCAUUGCUUAAUGUGUUCUUCAUGGGGUUACUUAGGCAGCAGAGGUUGGGGCAGUCUUUGGGUUUCUGUAGUGGCCAGGUACUGCAAAGGUUCAACCCGGUAGCAUUGAUGUAUUGA